AUGCAUUCACCUCGACCGUAUAUAACACCAGAAUUUAGAAGACAAGUCUUUGACAUGGUACACAGUUUACAUCAUCCUGGAAGGUAUUGCCUUACCGUCAUCGAUAGAUUCACGCGAUGGCCCGAGGCGUUCCCGCUUAAGGACAUAACAGCUGAGUCCUGUGCCGCAGCUUUGGUGUCCGGUUGGAUUGCACGCUUUGGUUGCCCAGCCCGGGUAACCACAGACCGCGGUCGGCAAUUUGAAAGUCAACUGUUCAAAUCUCUCACAGCGACAGUUGGCGCUCGACAUAUUCGCACUACCGCCUACCAUCCUGCAGCAAACGGUAUAGUUGAGCGAAUGCAUCGACAACUUAAAACAGCAAUCAUGUGCAACAGCAACUGUAGUUCUUCGCAGUGGACUGAGUCUCUUCCACUAGUACUUCUUGGCAUGCGCAGCUCCUGGAAGGAUGAUCUUCAAGCGUCACCAGCAGAGCUCGUUUAUGGUGAGCCCCUUAUAUUGCCCAGUCAGUUCCUGUCGCCUAAGGAUGAUUACACCGCAACAGAUGUAACUCUUUACGCCACACGCCUACGAUCUCAUAUGGCUAAACGUUCCCCAAGACCAACUUCCUGGCAUACAUCUACCGCAUCACCAUUUUAUAUACCUAAAGACUUAACAAACUCAUCGCAUGUAUUUCUGAGACAAGACCGAUUGCGUGGAUCGUUAGAACCACCGUAUGCCGGACCCUUCAAGGUCAUCGAAAGAACGCCUAAGUAUUUCACACUAGACGUCCAGAACAAAAAGGUUAAUGUUUCUAUCGACAGGCUUAAACCGGCGUACAUGGCAAGAGAAGAAAAGGUAACACUAUCACAACCUGUCAAAACUUCAACAGAGAAGUACACACGAAGCGGGCGAAGAGUCCAAUUUCCCAACUUUUAUCGACCGUAG